CCCGAAGGUGCAUUGGAAACCCGCCAAUUGGAGCUGUUAUACAUCGUUGUUCGGCGGCGGGUCAGUGAAUUGAAACUGAACUCCACGGACGGUAACCAGAUGGAGUUGGAUGACCAGAAGAGCGCUCUGAGAGAAGUGUUUGGGGACUCCUCAGACGGAGAACCUGAAGGGGAAGAAGAUCAUCCCAGGAUUGUAUUGGAAAGAGAGCACAAUCCGCCGGCGUGGGAGAAGGUGGAAGGCAUAAACGGUCUGUGGAUCUGCGAAAAUUUCCUCUCUCCAUGCAAUCAAAUCUCAUUACUCCACGCCAUUCAACAAGAAGGAUGGUUUUCCGAGCAAUCUCACAAUCAGGCUAUGAGGUUUGGAGAUCUUCCAAAUUGGGCUAUUGAACUUUCCUGCUGCAUCCAUGAAGCUGUUUAUCUGUUUGAGUUGAAUGGUGAAAAUCAUGGCCAUUUAACUGCUUGUGCUCACUGCAAAGUGGAAGAGCACCCGUUUCCAGCUGAUCUGCUCUGGAGGGAGCCACUUUUUGACCAAAUGAUUGUCAAUGUAUACCAUCCGGGUGAGGGAAUAUGCAGUCACGUAGACCUCAUGCGUUUUGAUGAUGGAAUUGCCAUAAUCUCGUUGGAAUCUGAUUGUGUGAUGCACUUCACAUUAGCGAAGGAGGCUUCCAGCAGCCAGAAAGGCAAAGAAGAGGACAAAGGAUAUUGUAUUUCGGACAAGGUUCCUGUCCUCUUAAAGCCUGGAUCUCUUGUUCUCAUGUCAGGAGAGGCUCGCUAUCUGUGGAAACAUGAAAUUAACCGCAAGCCAGGGUUUCAGGUCUGGGAGGGGAGAGAAAUUGGCCAACAGAAAAGAACGUCUGUCACUCUACGGAGGCUCUGUGUGACAGGGUGAACUCGAAAACAACCGCGACGGUGCACCACGACAACUUCAUAUUGUCUAAGUAUAUUCUUCUGUGUCAACACUUCGGCAACGAAACUGCUUAUGCAUGAUUGGUUUACCUGUCUAUUUUUCAGUUAGCUUUUUAAAGCUUUUAAUUGCAAGAACGAAGGAUGGAACGAUGAGUGUCAUUAACAAUGGCGAGGCACUAAGAGAAUGAUACGACGAAAGUAGGACCCAAAACGGCCCCUUCCAAAUAUCGGCCAUAUUUUGUAUCGUGUAUUUGUAGGAGAGAAAAAAAAAUAAUUUUU